GGCUGCCAGGUAGGUACUUCCUUCAAAGCUGAGCUAGCGUUCUCCGCCCACCCGCGCAGGAAGGCGCCCCCGCAAAACAACGUCUAGGAGGCGAGAAGUCCCCAGCCGAUGCCGCGGCGGGCCCGAGGCGGAUCAACCUUGGAGGGUACGCAUGCCGAGGCAGGCGGGGAGUCCCCCGGGGGACGCGAGCAGUUCCGGCUGGGAUCCGGGUCUCGCUAGCGAAGAGUCUCUGGCUGUGGGAAAUGGGUCCCCGGGUUGCUGCGGAGGCCCAGGUCGAGGUCUACACGGGGGACGGGGAAGUGGAGGUGACCACUAGAGCGCCCCGGAUCCCUGAGCGCCGCCGCGAAGUCUGCGCUGUUUAGGGCACUUGGAGCGCGGCCAGUUGGCAGAUUUGCGUUUUCCCGGAAGGGCCCGCGGCGGCUGAGCUGUUCCCGGAAACUGAAAACUCUGCUGUGCGCUCUCUUCCGCGCUCGGGCUCAACUUUGUAGAGCUGGGGGCCAACUUUGCAGAGCGCGCGGCCAGUUCUGCAGAGGGCGCCCUCCCGCCGCUAUGCGCGCGGCGGCAGGGGUCGCUUUGGGCCCUGCCACCCCUGCCGAGCGCACUGUCCCGAACCAGGGGCGGCGCAAGCCCCACCCGGCCCUACCCUGGGCGGCUCCUUCCUUCGCGGCGCCCGGGCUUUACUUUCGCUUUAACUAAAGAGGUCCCAGACCCUCGCUGCGGAGCGACAGAGACUGUGCCAGCCCCAGCCGCCCGACCGCCCUGAGGAAGGUAACUGCAGCACCCGCCUCAGCCGGCGCCUCUCCAGCCCGCUGGCCGUGCGCGCCCUGCCUCCCUCCUUCCUGUCGGCUUCCUCCUCCACGUCAGUCCUCCGAGUGAUCUGAGGGAGCCUGGUUGAGUGGAACAGAGUGACCCCGACGGCGUGCGCGGAAACAAACUUUGGGAAGAGGGCCCUUUCCGCCCUUCCCUCCUAACGAGCGGGCCGGGGGACACCUCACACUAUUCGAGAUGUGGGAGAGGAGAGUUCCUGAUCUGGCACUGCGGCUAACAGCGCGGGCUCUUUCGUCUGGGUUCCGGUUCCCGCCCUGCCUGCCGGCGGUGGGACCUUGAUCCUCUGUCUGCUAAAUGGGUACCAGGGUGAUCCUCGCUGCCUGUUGCUGGGACGUACGAAGAUGGCAGACGAUCAGGGCUGUGUUGAAGAGCAGGAAGUUGUGGAUUCAGCAAGUGAAGAUUCAGAUUCAGUGGAUGCUAAGCCAGACCGGUCCUCAUUUUUACCAACCCUCUUCAGUAAGAAGAAAAAUGUUUCAGAGCAAUCCAUCAAGACCACCCGGGACCGAGUGCCUACGUAUCAGUACAGCAUGAAUUUUGAGAAGAUGGGCAAAUGCAUCAUAAUAAACAACAAGAACUUUGAUAAAGUGACAGGUAUGGGCGUUCGAAACGGAACAGACAAAGAUGCCGAGGCGCUCUUCAAGUGCUUCCGAAGACUGGGUUUUGACGUGAUCAUCUAUAAUGACUGCUCUUGUGCAAUGAUGCAAGAUCUGCUUAAAAAAGCUUCUGAAGAGGACCAUACAAAUGCCGCCUGCUUCGCCUGCAUCCUCUUAAGCCAUGGAGAAGAAAACUUAAUUUAUGGGAAAGAUGGUGUCACACCAAUAAAGGAUUUGACAGCCCAUUUUAGGGGGGAUAGAUGCAGAACCCUUUUAGAGAAACCCAAACUCUUCUUCAUUCAGGCUUGCCGAGGGACAGAGCUCGAUGAUGGCAUCCAGGCCGAUUCGGGGCCCAUCAAUGACACAGAUGCUAAUCCCCGAUAUAAGAUCCCAGUGGAAGCUGACUUUCUCUUUGCCUAUUCCACGGUGCCAGGCUAUUACUCUUGGAGGAGCCCAGGAAGUGGCUCCUGGUUUGUGCAAGCCCUCUGCUCCAUCCUGGAGGAGCAUGGGAAAGACCUGGAGAUCAUGCAGAUCCUCACCAGGGUGAAUGGCAGAGUGGCCAGGCACUUCGAGUCUCAGUCUGAUAACCCACACUUCCAUGAGAAGAAGCAGAUCCCCUGUGUGGUCUCCAUGCUCACCAAAGAACUCUACUUCAGUUAAUAACCAUACCAGGGGUGCAUUCUAGCUGAGAAGCAAUGGAUCAGGUUCUUUUUUUUUUUUUUUUUGAUGCUCUUGAAAUAUUGAGAAAUUCUCCAGGAUAAUAAUUUCAGGAAAAUGUAUUAAUUCAACAGGGAAGAAACUUUCUGGUGCUGUCUUUUGUUCUCUGAAUUUUCAAAGACUUUUUUAAUAAUGUUAUUCAUUUGGUGACUGUAACUUUCUCUUAAGAUUAAUUUUCUCUUUGUAUGUCUUUUACCUUGUUAUUAGACUUAACACAUGCAACAAAAGUGACCUCUGGAGAAGGCUCAUGCCUGUGUCCACUGUAAUUGGUGGUGACAUUGGUAGUCGGAGCCAUCUUUGCACUUGGUAAAGAGAAUCCCAGUGUUUGACAAAACACAGCCAAGGGGAUAUUUACUGACCUUUUUUCGGAAUGUGGAUAUUGAGUGUGAUCUGAAUGAUUUUUCAUUGGCUUAGGGCAGAUUUUGAUGCAAAAAUUCCCAGAUAAGUUCAAGGAAAAAAGUUUAAUGAUUCUGAUAUGUAUCUGUCAGGGUCCAGUCUGGAAAGCAAACUAGAAACAGAAACACCAUUCUACGUGUUUCAACAGAGGGAAUUUAAUACAGGAAACUGACUUACAUAGAUGAUAGAAGAAAAGCUAAACAGCAAGAAGCUGUUUCCACACCCAGGGCUAUGAGGAUAACGGUUUCCUGAAUCCAUAGUAGGGUCAUUCAGAGGGGCUGGAACCAUGGUGGGGGCUCCCUAGGCGGAGCUAGGACCACCAAUGGAUUGUGAAAAGCCAAGCCAUGACAAGGACAAAGCCACUGCCUGAGAUGGAGUGAGCUGAGUCAGUUACAGAGAAUACUUUGGUCUCACCUCUCCUGCUCUCACAUCUUCCACCAGCACCUUAUCAUUCCAGGACUACCUGGAAGCCACCUUGCCAAGGCCCUUGGAAGAGCAAGGGACAGUGAGGCAGGAGAAUGACAAGAAAUGAAUAAGCCUGGCCCAUAAUGUGAACAUAAGUAAUCACUUUCUCUAAUGUUCAACAAUUCAUCCAUUCAAUCAUUCAUUGGGGUGUCAGAUGGUCUACAUAUGUGUAAAAUAAUCUGUUUUGGCUUUAUGUGCAAAGUCUGUUAUAGCUUUAAAAUAUAUCUGGAACUUUAUAGAUUAUUCCAAGCCUCAUUUUGAGUAAAUAUUUGUUACUUCUAGUUCUAUAAGUGAGGAAGAGUUUAUGGCAAAGAUUUUUGGCACUUUGUUUUCAAGGUGGUGUUAUCUUUUGAAUUCUUGAAAAUUACUGUUUUUUUUUCUCCCUAGUAGUAACUGGUUAACAAACAAAUGUUCAUAUUUACUGAUUAAAAAUGUGGUUGCUUAAUUCCUAA